AUCUACCAUUUCUCUGAAUAAUUAUUGCGGUGAAUUCGCUAGGAAUCAUCCCAAUUCGAGAAGAAGCAGAGAGAAUCAUAUGGAUGCUGAAGGGAAUCACACGGGCCAUUUCAAGCUAUGGAGCGAAUUGGAAUUGCGGGAGUUCCCGGAAAAGUUCGUAAUCAGACCGCGGGAAUCUCCGGAUCUAGGUUUUUCCGUCAGCCGCUCCGAUGGUUCGAUCGAGAAGCUACACGGGGAGACGAGUACUGGAGAGCCUUCAAAGGUUUCUAAAAUAUAUGGGGUUGUUGGAACCAUUAGACUGCUAGCAGGAGCACAUAUAUUAGUUAUAACUUCUCACAAGGAAGUGGGAACUUAUCUUGGUUUUCCUGUUUUUCGGGUGACAUCCAUGAAGUUCCUGUCUUGCAAUGUGGUGUCCAAGUAUCUAACCAGUGAAGAAAAAAAAGAUGAAGCAUACUUCACGAAUUUGUUGAAAGUAGUGGAAUCAACACCAGGGCUAUAUUUUUCUUAUGAAACAGAUGUAACACUGAACUUGCAGAGAAGAUACAAAUUGGCUAAAGGUUGGACGAGAAAACCAGUAUGGAAACAGGCCGAUCCAAGGUUUGUUUGGAACAGGAAUCUGCUGGAGGAGCUAAUUGAGAAUAAGCUUGAUGGAUUUAUCAUUCCUCUAAUACAAGGAAAUAUCCUUAAUGCACCUGUCUAGCUUCCUGACCUAAGCAUCUGCUGAUAUUGAGAGGAUCGGGCAUAGAUCUUGAUCAUUAGCAGCCAAAUUUCACUUUCUGUUGCAUGUUGGUUCCUUAACAAAACCUAAGCUUUCAGGGUGCACAGUUGAAGUUCAGAGGUUCAUCAGCUACAGUGUCAUUGAUAUCAAGAAGGUGUACCCGACGUUUAGGAACCAGAAUGUGGAGAAGAGGAGCUAACCUAGAGGGUGACACGGCUAAUUUUAUUGAAACUGAGCAGUUUCUGGAGUUUGGGAGUUUGAGGUCUUCAUUUUUACAGGUAUGCAAUUUAUGCUAUUUGAGUUUCUCAUUGAGACAUAAAGUUUGUAUCUUGCC